GCGACGAACAUACCACACCUCGCCGGAACGACGGUGGUGGUGUAAAUAUGAGACAAUUAAGCGAGGAGCAUGAAAAUUUGCUCGGCGAAAUGAGGGAAUUCGAUAGAUGGAAUUCAUUAACAUUCUCGUGGUGGUUGUGUGGUCAAUUUUUAAAUAUAGUUUUAGUAGGAUAUGUGGCACCGAUGGAACGUGAUCAAACGGUCAUGGGACUUUGUGGGGAAACGAAAAUAUCGAAUAUGAAAACGAGUUGGAAUAUUAUACUACGCAUCAUCUUGGAAAAUCCUAUGAAUCAAUAUUUGGUGGAGUAA